GGGGACGGAGCGGGGACGGGUUGGAGACGGGCCGGGCAGCGAUGGCGGCGGACGGGCAGCGCGCGGAGCGAGGCUCGGGGGUGCUGGAGCUGCCCAGCGCUCCGCGUUUGGUGUGCGUGGAAUAUCCGGGGCUGGUGCGGGAUGUCGGCGCGAUGCUGCGGACUCUGGGAGGAGAGGAAGGGGUGUCGAGGAUCUACGCCGACCCCGGCAGAAGGUUGGAGCUGUAUUUCCGCCCCAAGGACCCCUACUGCCAUCCCGUGUGUGCCAACCGCUUCCCCGCCUCCGCCAUGCUGCUCAAGGUGAAGAGGAGGACCGGGAGGAAGCGGGUGGGCGCGGAGGAGCAGGACGUGCAGUUUGAAAUGGAAAUCAUGGGGAUCGUCACGACGGUUUACAAAUUUCAAGGAAUGUCAGAUUUCCAGUACCUUGCAAUGCAUUCUGGUCCUGACGGCAAACAAACCUCCAUGUAUGACAAAGUCCUAAUGCUCAAGCCAGAGAAGGAAGAAUUUUUCAAUAGGGAAUUGCCUCUGUACAUCCCUCCCCCAAUUUUCUCACGACUGGACACUCCUGUUGACUAUUUCUAUCGGCCAGAUGUCCAACACCGGGAUGGCUACAACAAUCCCCAGGUGUCAGCUGAGAACCUCAUUGGCCUCAGCAGGGCCCGGCGCCCCAACAAUGCCAUCUUUGUGAACUUUGAUGAUGAAGUGCCAACCAAACCACUGGAUGCUGCUGCACAGGCCUGGAAGAAAGUGUGCACCAAUCCUGUGGAUAGGAAGGUGGAGGAAGAGCUGAGAAAACUCUUUGAGGUUCGUCCAGUCUGGUCUCGAAAUGCAGUUAAAGCAAAUAUCAGUGUCCACCCAGACAAGCUGAAACUUCUGCUGCCUUGUUUGGCCUAUUACAUGAUCACAGGUCCUUGGAGGAGCUUGUGGGUUAGGUUUGGGUAUGACCCUAGAAAACACCCUGAAGCAAAGAUUUAUCAAGUACUGGACUUCCGAAUUCGCUGUGGAAUGAAAUAUGGUUACACCCCCAAUGAUAUGCCAGUGAAAGCAAAACGCAGCACGUAUAACUACAGCCUGCCCAUCACUGUCAAAAAGCCAGUAAGUCAUACAGUCAGUGUACACGAUCUGAAGCAGGGACUUGGUACUCCUGGUGCAUCUGGUGCAAAAAAGCCUCCCUCCAGCAGGUAUAAACUGAAGGAAUCGGUCUAUAUUUUCCGAGAAGGAGCCUUACCCCCUUAUCGCCAGAUGUUCUAUCAACUCUGUGACUUGAAUGUGGAAAGCCUACAAAAAAUCAUCCAUCGGAACGAUGGUACAGAGUCAGAAUGCACGGAGCGGGAUGGAUGGUGCCUUCCAAAGACUAGUGAUGAUCUGCGAGAUAGCAUGUCCCUGAUGAUAAAGCAGAUAAUCAGAUCUACAAGACCUGCUCUUUUCUCAAGUACAACAAGCAGUGAAGAUGGCAAAGAACAGCUGGCAUAUGAGUCUGCAGAGGAUGAGGACGAUGAAGAGGAGGAGGAAGAAGAAGACUUCAAGCCUUCUGAUGGAAGUGAAAAUGAGAUGGAAACAGAAAUCCUAGACUACGUGUGAACUCAGUGAAUAGUCUCACUGCUGUUGGACAGAAUUUUCUUGGCUCUUGUUCCUUCAGUGCUGACUAGCAACUAUACACAGGGUGUCUGAGAGCAGAACUUGCACUAAGUUGCUCACUACCUGUCUGCACUGACUGUGGUGCCUGCUGAUAGCUGUCAUUUUGGAUGUUCAGGCACCAUGGCCCACACAGCAUCUGGGUGAGGUGCUAUGAAAUGUGGUUUAGUAGCUUGUGGCAGUAAUGGUGAUGGGAGGACAGUUGGACUACAUGAUCCUUUUCAACCUUGUGUUUCUAUGAUUCUAUUUUUAUAAUUGUUGGAUAAUAAGCCUUCAGAAUAUUGCCACCAUGGAGAUAACAGGUUUUUUGCCAGGCUUCAACUGGUAUUUACUGCAGCAGCUCAACGGUCUCUCAAGAAAAGAGAACUGAAACCAGCUGGCAAUACACCUUGGAAUAGGAGAAACUAUGCUCCCAGAUCUCUGUAGGAAAUAUUGUCUGGGUUGAUGGCCAUAUGGAAAACAGAAAAAUGGUUUGAAGAGGUUGCCAUUCAGUUAGAGAAAUUAAAGAACUGCUGGCAUGUUCAAAGUCUUGUGCAUUCCUCAGUGCGUUACAAGUGGAAGGUUUAUCAUCAGUAGCUGAUAACUGUUCUAAUGCUGUGGGUGCUGCACUUCCAGGUAAGGUAUUAUCAGGCACCAAGAAUAAACACUCUUAGAAAUGCAAGGAAAACACCUGAAGCCAAACUUGUUGUCAGCAGUUAGCCUGAGGCCAAAGAAACCAGCAAUCCCUUGUGUCAGGGUUUACUUAUUCCCCAGCUAUUUUUGAAAUUCUCUCUGGGAAGAGUGCAGUUACUUGGAUUCUUAAUUCAGACUUAGCAGGAAAUGGCACUAACAGCCCCGUCUGUGAAAGACAGUCCUUUCAUCUUCAGAACACUCAGCUUUAAAGUAAUCUAUGUAGGGGCACAGAGAAAUUCUGGUUCUUGGAGCUUCGUCCUUAAUAGCUACAGCCAGAGGCACCACACCAUCCAGGCAAUUUCCACUGAAGUCUGUGCAAUUAUAAAAAAUAAACAUGCUGGCUGUGCUAGGAAAUGAGCCCUUGAACAGUGAAGGAAUGAUGUCUCAAGCCAAAGCAGACUGCUAUCUCCUUAACAUUGCAUUUGCUCUUACAGCCAUUGCACGUGUAAAAAGAAGUAAACUAGUAAACCAGAUGUCACAUUUAUGCUACCAGAAAAGGCACCAGUCCCAGCAACACAGAUUCACAUGAACAGAGUUGCUUGAAAUCAGGCAUUGGUCCUGCAAACAAAAAAGCCUUGUUUCUUCAUUCAAGCACAAAACAAAGCUCAGCACGAUUACCACACAGUAACAGGCUCAAGCACCACCUCCACGAUCAGAUCCAUUCCCCUUUCCAUAGGAGCAGGCAAGCCAUUCAGGAAGGAAGACAGAACAGCCCCUGCUUUAGGGCAGGGAUGCUUGAGGAUCGACAUUUUAUUGCAAAGACUAAUUACAUUGCUGUAUACAAGUCACACUGGGCAGUGUGCUCCUUCACUGAAGUGGUACAAAAUACAUAUGGUACAGCCAGUCCCUCCAGUGAUGCUGGGCUUCCAGGGGACACCAACAGCAGGGGAGGGAGGCAAUGGGGUGGGCAGGAGCUGGCAGGCACAGAGCAGCAUGGAGCCAGGGGAAGGCCCAGGGGUGCUGGCACCCAAAGGCAGGGGCCUGGCUCCGGGCAGGGUGGGAGGCAGGAGGCAGCCCCUGCGUCAGGGUGCCAAGGGCUCCCAUCAUGUGCAGUGUGGGCAUGGUGACCCAGGUGAUGCCACCCAAGAGGAAGAGGGCUGGCAGAACUAGUGCCAACCAUGUUUAGAAACAAGGAGCCUCACUCCACCUGGUUCUGCCACCAGUCCUGCUCCUCUGAGUGUCACUGUGCAGUGUUGCUACAUCCCAGCCCCUCUCCUGGAGGCAUGGAACACGUUUCCCCCCCCCCCCCCCACCC